AUGGGAGAAGAAACCGAGAAACUUAUUGAACAAGUGAGAAAGUUCGUUUAUUGGCAUGACACUUCACAUAAGUUGUAUAAAAAUGUGGUGAAGAAGGCGGAGGCAUGGAAUGUGAAUGCUGAAGAGCUGGGUAUUACAAGUGAUGCAGCCAAGACAAAAUGGAAAAGUUUACGAGACAAUUAUAUGAGGUACAAGAAAAGCGUGAAAGGUGUAACAGGGCAGGCCAAAAACUUCCUUCAAUAUUUGCAAAGUAAACCUGCAAGACGCGAGUUUGAUGGCAUAGAUCACUUGUUUCUCAGUUAUGCUGACACGUUCAGAAAAUUCCACCCAGCGACACAAGCACUGAUGAAGAUGGAACUUGCUACUCUCUUCGCAAAAAUGGAAAUGAAAGGACUUGGCAGCGGCAACUGGGUUGCCGGGGAGUCCCCGCGCGCAGCCAUCACGUCCCGAGAUUCACAGACCCCCGCCCAGUCCUCGAGCAAAGAGUAUCGAAGUAAACAGAUACUUCAGUCCCUGUCUUAA